AUGGCAACCUUUGUCGUCAUCUCUCCUUACACUCCCAUCCCUAAAGAAUUGGACAUGAGAGUCAUAAGUGACCUACUCGAACGACCGAGCGACGAAGAGGAAAAAUCUUUUAAAGGAGGUACGUGAUUGAGCCAGUAGACUACUGCUUAAGCGCGCACUUCACGGUUAACGGCCAUAUUUAUGAGCAAAUUCAGGGAACCCUGAUGGGAUUCCCGAUCUCUGGCUUCCUGACUAAGGCAACUCGUGUCUUUUUAGUUCUAUAAGCCAGAAUUUUGGACGCGCUAUCUGGACGCCUUUGUCAUCCUAAGCUGAAAUUGGGAGGGAAUUAAACUCCAGCUUCCUGCAAAUCCGAUUCAAAAGAAAGAAAUGGAUGGGACGGUCCUUCUUCCUCGACGAAGGCCGAAAGAAGAAACCCUCCGGACCGGUGUCUUUUGAAAUGCUAAAAGCACGGAAAAAAUACCCCACCACAACAUCAACCACGACCUAUCGCAUUAACGUAAUUGCGCCCGGACACAUUUUCGUCACACCAACGCACACCGCAGCACAGAGGCCGAGGUGCUACGAGAGCAUGCGCCCCUGUGGCACCCAUUCCUUGGCAAUGAAUACUCGCGUUUCAUAAACAAAUGCCUGUCCCAAAGGCAUGCAAAGACUGACGGCAAGCAAGAUCAAGAACCAGAGCUCCUUCGUGUGUUGCCCUACGAGAGGAACGUCCCCCAAGCCACAGAGCAUAUGCUAAGAUCACUCAACGUGGGCAUUGGACGCCGGCCGGAGGCCAAUAGCCGCUGCUUAUUCAUUCAGCCUAAGGGAAGGCUACCCUUGAAGACACCUCAGGCGUCAUUUACCGUGUCAACUGUCCAGACUGUCAGACCAACUACUGCGGCAUGACCAACAGACGACUAACAACAGACAUGCAUGAGCACACUUUAGCCGUAUAGCGAAGGGAUGUGCGAUCACACGUCGCCAUGCAGUCUGGAAAAUAACCAUCGGGGCCCAAGUGCCCGGCCGAGGCGAAAGUAGACUAGCAAGAGAAACAAUCGAGGUGCGGCAAUCAGGCGCCAACUUGAUCAACCGUAGCGUCCAUCUACCACGCCAUACGAGGCCACCAGGCAACACUUUCGAAUGCGGGGAAGCCCAUUGAGAAUGAAGAAUUAUGGCCCUAUCAGGAGUGAGCGAGCCGUGUAUUUCUCACCUCACCUAUCUCCGAUGAUGCGCUUGAGUACGAAUGUGAAACGUCAUCUCAUAUAUGAGAUGAUACCGACAAAGACAACGGAGACCGGGAUGGUGAUUCCUGGCUUAUCGGCCGUCAUAAGCCAGUCAUAACCAACCCCAAGUGUGGAUCACUUCGGAUUUGAAGCCCGGAUAUUUGGUCAUGGAGUUUGACACUCUACCAUUAAGCCACGGGCCCGUUGUCCCGUCGGUUGUGAUCGGGAACAUCAACUAUGACAGAUGGGCACACACCGUUUAGGUUGCGGAACAUGCUCGUUCUGUUAUGCCUUGGGGCUCAUACUAGAACCCUCGCAGGCAGUCGCACAGCGACAGCGCACACCGGUAUAUAUCGAGAGAGCAGGAACCCAAGCGGUACGGAGGACAGACAGUCAGAAUGGAGCAAAGGGAAACAUCAGAAAAGUAAAAAAACUUGAAGUACUAUAGAAGGGGAAGUAACAGUAAGGAGGUAAGAGACAAAGUUAGCGGAACGGUGAUUAGACGAGAGUUGGAGACCGCUAGAUUGCCCGUAAAGUAUUAACAGCCCAAGCGAAGACCACAAUAGAGAAGAAUGGGAAAGACGAAUAUUUAUUUCGGAAUAUAUAUAUAUGCUGAUGUAAGAAAAGCGUGAUCUCACACAGGGUGGAGAAACAGCUGUCAGAAGAGGAAAGAUGGACAAUAACAACACACACGCGCAGUCAAACAGUGGUAGGCCACAAGCGGAGACGAUGGCUCCAAACAAAUGCCAUUGUAUAGACGGGAGCGAAAUACAAGCACACACACAAAUAUAAAGUGGAAACGGGACGGGUAGUGGGAAGCAAACAGUCAAGUCGCGAAAAGCAACUUUACCACGGGCAGAAAAACCCACGGAGGGACACGGAGUUUGCAGACAGGCGUCUUGUAAAGGGAAAGUUAAAUGAACCCCAUCCCUCGCCCCGAGGCCCAGAGUUCUGGCUCCCUCAAUCAGACAGACAUUCCACAUUCCGCUGCCCCGCGCGCUUCAGUGUCCCUACCAAACACAGACAGACGUACAUGACAGACACAGGACAGUAUUUAGUAACCGGAAGCGCAAAAGAUUAUAAAAGAGUAGCCAGCCAGUUCGCCCUUUUCGCAUACCCCAAACAGUUGGUGGUAAAGCGGGAGUAAUAGCAAUAAUAAUAAUAAAAAAUAAGUCCUGCUGGAAAAGUAUUUAGGAUGUUACGAACGUGGAAUGCUAAAAAAUGCCUAACAAGAAAUAAAUUAAUUCGUGGAGGUCAGUGCUACCGAUGGAGGAGAAAAUGUGAUAGGUUUCUGCUCGCAUGCACGCCGCCGGAUGUUCUCCUUCUUCGCCCUCCCGCCACGAUGACGCGCACUGGCACACAACCGUUUCACAAAGAAACGAGUCAACAAAAGCAGGCUACAGGGAUAAGUUACGCCCUUGGACGCAUGUUGUAGCGACGGUAUUAAACGAGCAACGGAAUCAGAUGCAUUGAAAGCCCGAUUCUGUCAACCCGACUGAUGCAAAACGCGCAAGAGGUUCGGAGGCAAAAAAAAUCAAAGUAAAUACGGACUACGGCAAAAGGUUCCAGAAAUACAUGAAGACCGUUGAAGAAAACAAUCGAUGACCAGAGGAGGACAGCAUGUAAGGCAAAGAUGGCUUUGUCACUGAACCCAAUUUGUGUUUACCAACUUCAAAGAGCGAAUGCGCACAUUUAAGGGUAGUUAGAGAGAGAUGCGUUAUAAAAAUGUGUUUAACUGUCGGAGAAGUGUUCUUUCGUCAGAAUUCGAACUUCGGUCUUCACUAAACAUAUACUUUGCUCGCCUUCCAUACCAUGAGAAUUAGUGCUGUUCGCCCGAAAAGAUGAGCGAGUAACUGGAAGAUUGCAGUGUUCCACAACAAGUUGCUUAACGGCGAAAUCCGAAGGAGCGUUGUUUUUUAGGAUAUUUUUUUCCAUGUCUGAUUUCGGGAGACGCGAUCGAACUUGGCAGGCGGCGGCGGCGAUGAUGAUGAUGAUGAUGAUGAUGAUGAUGAUGAUGAUGAUGAUGAUGAUGAUGAUGAUGAUGAUGAUGAUGAUGAUGAUGAUGAUGAUGAUGAUGAUGAUGAUGAUGAUGAUGAUGAUGAUGAUGAUGAUGAUGAUGAUGAUGAUGAUGAUAGACGCAGUGGCUGA